UUUAAACGACCGACGAGCGGUCACACGAGUGCAAGUUGGAUUCCAAUUCGAUCCGUCGCGGUGCGUGGAAAAAAUGCACAGAUGUAGAUAAAUCAGCAAGCAACGCUAGCAGAUCAGAUACAGCUAUAUCGUCGCGAAAACCGAUUAAUUUACCAUGUCCAGCGGAUCCUCCUGCGGAUCAAUUAAACCGUAAAGAAGGAGAGCGAGCGACCGUGAAAGAGAGAGAGGAGUAGCCAGAGGCGGAGGCGAAAGACAAAGUGCAUUUUCAGGGCGUGUUUUUGAGACCCCCUCGCCAGCAAAGCUCACCCAGCCUCCCAGCCGUCGACAAGAAGUUUGCCGACACAUCAUUUUGCCAACAUGCUGCAAAUUCGCAAAUUCACCUGAGCGGCCAGUAGAACAACAAAUCAGAUAAAUCGCAAACUUCCUUUUUCCUCCGUGCGUGUGUACUUCUGUGUGUGCGUGAGUGUCUCCAAUCUUUUUUGUCUACUCCAAAAACGCAGAAAGAGAAAGAAAAAUGUGUGUGUGUGUGUGUGUGUGAAAUAAAUUAAAGCAAAGCAAAAGGCAAAACGGCAAAUAAUUGAGCAAAAGGCCAAGAGAGAAGAGCUGAAGCUGAAGUAUAUAAAAAAAAAGCAAAGCAAAUAAUAAGUAGUAGUAGUAAGCGAAUAAGCCGAAGCACCAGGAGCCGAGAGAGGAGGAGAGCGAAAAGUGUACAAGUUGUUGUUGCUGCGCAAGAGCGAAAAACCACCCAACCACCCACUGGCAAAUGGGGGCUCAGCAGGGCAAGGAUAGGGGCGCCCACUCGGGAGGGGGCGGCUCGGGUGCCCCCGUCAGCUGCAUCGGCCUCUCCAGCAGCCCAGUGGCCUCCGUCUCCCCCCACUGCAUCUCCAGUUCCAGUGGCGUCAGCAGCGCCCCCCUCGGCGGGGGUUCCACGCUCCGUGGCUCCCGCAUCAAGUCCUCGUCCUCCGGCGUGGCCAGUGGCAGCGGAUCAGGGGGCGGCGGUGGAUCCGGAUCGGGGCUGAGCCAGCGCAGUGGCGGACACAAGGAUGCACGCUGCAAUCCCACCGUGGGUCUCAACAUAUUCACCGAGCAUAACGGUACCAAGCACAGCUCUUUUCGCGGCCAUCCAGGCAAAUAUCACAUGAACUUAGAAGCCCUGCUGCAGUCGCGUCCAUUACCUCACAUUCCGGCCGGAAGCACGGCGGCCUCUCUUCUGGCGGAUGCGGCUGAGCUGCAGCAGCAUCAGCAGGAUUCCGGUGGACUGGGACUGCAAGGCUCCUCCCUGGGCGGUGGUCACAGUUCGACUACAUCCGUGUUUGAAUCCGCACACCGGUGGACCUCGAAGGAGAACCUGCUGGCCCCCGGACCUGAGGAGGAUGAUCCACAACUGUUCGUGGCGCUGUACGACUUCCAAGCCGGCGGAGAGAACCAAUUGAGUCUGAAGAAGGGCGAGCAGGUGCGCAUACUUAGCUACAACAAAUCGGGGGAGUGGUGCGAGGCGCACUCGGACUCCGGAAACGUGGGAUGGGUGCCCUCCAACUACGUCACGCCGCUCAACUCGCUGGAGAAGCACUCCUGGUACCACGGACCUAUCUCACGCAAUGCCGCCGAGUACCUUCUCAGCUCCGGAAUCAAUGGCAGUUUCCUGGUCCGUGAAAGCGAAAGUUCACCGGGUCAAAGGAGCAUCAGUCUCAGAUACGAGGGUCGCGUCUAUCACUACCGCAUCUCAGAGGAUCCCGAUGGAAAGGUCUUCGUCACCCAGGAGGCCAAGUUCAACACUCUGGCCGAGCUGGUGCACCACCACAGCGUGCCCCAUGAGGGUCACGGCCUGAUCACUCCGCUCCUGUAUCCGGCGCCCAAGCAGAACAAGCCCACUGUCUUCCCGCUGAGUCCGGAGCCGGAUGAAUGGGAGAUCUGCCGAACGGACAUCAUGAUGAAGCACAAGCUGGGCGGUGGGCAAUACGGUGAGGUCUACGAGGCCGUUUGGAAGCGAUACGGCAACACGGUGGCUGUUAAAACGCUCAAGGAGGACACCAUGGCGCUGAAGGACUUCCUCGAAGAGGCGGCCAUCAUGAAGGAGAUGAAGCACCCUAAUCUUGUGCAGCUCAUAGGUGUUUGCACCAGGGAACCGCCGUUCUACAUCAUCACCGAGUUCAUGUCGCACGGUAAUCUGCUGGACUUCCUGCGCUCCGCCGGCCGCGAAACGCUCGACGCAGUGGCUCUGCUGUACAUGGCCACGCAGAUAGCGUCGGGAAUGAGCUACCUGGAGUCGCGCAACUACAUCCAUCGCGAUCUCGCUGCCCGCAACUGCCUCGUGGGCGACAACAAGCUGGUCAAGGUGGCGGAUUUCGGACUAGCACGCCUGAUGCGGGACGACACGUAUACGGCACAUGCUGGAGCCAAGUUCCCGAUCAAAUGGACCGCACCGGAGGGUCUGGCCUACAACAAGUUUAGCACUAAGUCGGACGUUUGGGCCUUCGGUGUCCUGCUGUGGGAGAUCGCCACGUACGGAAUGUCGCCGUAUCCGGGCAUCGACCUGACCGACGUGUACCACAAGCUGGAGAAGGGCUAUCGCAUGGAGCGACCCCCAGGCUGUCCGCCGGAGGUGUACGACUUGAUGCGCCAGUGCUGGCAGUGGGAUGCCACCGACAGGCCCACGUUCAAGAGCAUACACCAUGCGCUGGAGCACAUGUUUCAGGAAUCGUCCAUCACCGAAGCGGUCGAGAAGCAGCUGAACGCCAACGCCACCAGCGCGAGCAGCUCCGCUCCGAGCACAUCGGGCGUGGCCACCGGCGGAGGAGCCACAACCACGACGGCGGCCAGCGGCUGCGCUUCCUCAUCCUCGGCCACCGCCUCGCUAAGUCUUACACCGCAGAUGGUGAAGAAGGGUUUGCCCGGCGGGCAGUCCCUCACGCCGAACGCCCAUCACAACGAUUCGCACCAGCAGCAGGCCAGCACGCCCAUGUCAGAAACCGGCUCCACUUCCACCAAACUAAGCACUUUCUCCAGCCAGGGCAAGGGCAACGUCCAGAUGCGUCGCACCACCAACAAGCAGGGCAAACAGGCGCCCGCCCCACCAAAGCGAACCAGCCUGCUCUCGAGCAGUCGGGACUCCACUUAUCGCGAGGAGGAUCCUGCCACCGCCAGAUGCAAUUUCAUCGACGACCUCAGCACGAAUGGUAUACACAAAUUGAAAACUGCCAACUAUUUCAGCCAGACCCUCUCUAGAAAUUUCAAGACCCAAAUUCCAACCCACCAUACACACCAAAUACGUACACAACUACAACAACAACAGUCCGUACAACAACAAACAGUACCACUGCCAGUACAGCAACAACAACAACAACCACAGCAUCAAAAGCAGAAACAACAACAGUAUUCCAUUAAGAAAUCGUCCUCCUGCAGUAGUUUUCUUUACGACAUCCUAUUUCGAGGAUUAGCCCGAGACAUCAACAGUUUGACUCAGCGGUAUGACUCCGAAACGGAUCCGGCAGCCGACCCAGACACAGAUGCCACCGGCGACAGUCUGGAGCAGAGUCUGAGCCAAGUGAUAGCCGCUCCUUCCACCAACAAGAUGCAGCAUUCUCUUCACAGCGGCGGAGGAGGAGGAGGCAUAGGUCCUCGAUCCUCGCAGCAGCACAGCUCCUUCAAGCGUCCGACUGGAACACCCGUGAUGGGUAACCGAGGGCUAGAGACCCGGCAGAGCAAGCGGUCCCAGCACCAUCCACUCGCUCCAGGUCCCGGACCGCCAGCAACUCAACCGCAUCAUGGCAACAACGGUGUGGUAGCCAGUGCCCAUCCCAUCACAGUGGGGGCGCUGGAGGUGAUGAAUGUCAAGCAGGUGGUGAACCGCUACGGCACACUACCCAAAGUUGCCCGAAUCGGUGCCUAUCUGGACAGCCUAGAGGACAGUAGUGAGGCUGCUCCUGCUCUUCCGGCCACUGCUCCUGCUCUGCCACCAGCCAAUGGACACGCCACGCCUCCGGCUGCCAGAAUUAAUCCGAAGGCCAGUCCCAUUCCGCCACAGCAAAUGAUCAGGAGCAACUCGUCGGGAGGUGUGACCAUGCAAAACAAUGCGGCCGCCAGUUUGAACAAGUUGCAGCGACAUCGCACCACUACCGAAGGCACCAUGAUGACGUUCUCCUCCUUCCGGGCCGGCGGUUCCAGUAGCUCACCCAAGCGGAAUGCCACGGGAGCUGCAUCAGGAGUACAGCCAGCCCUGGCCAACCUUGAGUUUCCACCGCCACCUUUGGAUUUGCCUCCGCCGCCCGAGGAAUUCGAGGGGGGACCACCGCCUCCUCCACCGGCGCCGGAGAGCGCUGUGCAGGCCAUCCAGCAGCACUUGCAUGCCCAGCUGCCAAACAAUGGCAAUAUAAGCAAUGGAAACGGAACAAACAACAACGACAGCAGCCACAACGAUGUAAGCAACACUGCUCCCAGUGUGGAGGAGGCCAGCUCCAGAUUUGGAGUGUCUCUGAGAAAACGUGAGCCCUCCACCGACUCCUGCAGCUCGCUGGGCAGUCCACCCGAGGAUCUCAAGGAAAAGCUAAUCACCGAAAUCAAGGCGGCUGGCAAGGAUAGUGCUCCGGCCUCACAACUGGCAAACGGUUCGGGCAUCGCAGUGGUGGAUCCUGUCUCCCUGCUUGUCACCGAACUAGCCGAGAGCAUGAACCUGCCAAAGCCGCCACCGCAGCAGCAAAAGCUGACCAACGGCAAUGGUACUGGGUCCGGAUUCAAGGCCCAGCUGAAGAAAGUAGAACCUAAGAAGAUGAGUGCGCCAAUCGCCAAAGCGGAGCCGGCCAAUACCAUCAUCGACUUCAAGGCCCAUCUGCGCCGAGUGGACAAGGAGAAGGAGCCGGCAGCUCCAGCUCCGGCUCCUGUAGCCGUAACAAACAAUGCCAACUGCAAUACAACGGGCACUUCGAACCGGAAGGAGGACAGCAGCAAGAAGUUCUCCCAGGCGAUGCAAAAGACUGAAAUCAAAAUCGACGUAACCAACUCGAAUGUAGAGGCGGAUGCAGGAGCAGCGGGAGAAGGCGAUCUCGGCAAGCGACGAAGCACAGGUAGUAUUAAUAGCUUAAAGAAACUGUGGGAGCAGCAGCCACCGGCGCCGGAUUAUGCCACCAGCACGAUCCUCCAGCAGCAGCCGUCGGUGGUAAAUGGCGGCGGAACACCAAAUGCCCAACUGUCUCCCAAGUACGGGAUGAAAUCGGGGGCCCCCAAUACUGGUGGCACUCUUCCAGCCAAGCUGGGCAAUAAGCCACCACCGGCAGCCCCUCCACCACCGCCCCCGAACUGCACCACAUCCAACCUCUCCACCACAUCCAUUAGCACCUCUAGUAGAGAUUGCACCAGCAGGCAGCAGGCCAGCAGCACAAUAAAAACCUCUCAUUCAACGCAACUCUUCACAGAUGACGAGGAGCAGUCGCAUUCGGACGGUCUGGGAUCGGGAGGUCAAGGAGCAGCAGACAUGACCCAGUCGCUGUACGAGCAGAAGCCCCAGAUCCAGCAAAAGCCAGCGGUGCCACACAAGCCCACAAAGCUGACCAUCUACGCCACGCCCAUUGCCAAACUGGCCGAACCAGCCAGCUCCGCUAGCUCCACCCAGAUAUCGCGGGAGAGCAUUCUGGAGCUGGUCGGAUUGCUGGAGGGCUCGCUCAAGCAUCCUGUGAAUGCCAUCGCCGGAUCUCAGUGGCUGCAGCUGAGUGACAAGCUCAACAUCCUGCACAACUCGUGCGUGAUCUUCGCGGAGAACGGAGCGAUGCCGCCGCACUCCAAGUUCCAGUUCCGGGAACUGGUCACGCGGGUGGAAGCACAGUCGCAGCACCUGCGCUCCGCCGGCAGCAAGAACGUCCAGGACAACGAGCGCCUGGUGGCCGAGGUCGGUCAGUCGCUGCGUCAGAUCUCCAAUGCGCUUAACAGGUAAAUGAUAAGACGGGGGAUGGACGCGCCCGACCAACAUCAGGGCAUCUGGCUGGAUGCCGAGGGUAACUUCAUCAAGCGCAAGUGAUCGGGCCCCAGUCUGUAGACCCAAUCAUCCAACCAUACCAUCCCCCGUGGAAGCAGAACCGGAAACAGAAGCGACAGUAGCAGGCCGGAAACAGGAGGAGGAGGAAAAACAGGAAACGAAACUUCAAGCCCAGCGAAGAAGAAAUGACAACUACAUCAGCAACAGCAGCAACUAAAAUCGGAGGAGGACACCUAUGUAUCGUACUUGGUAGCGUGUAGUAGUAGCUUCUAUUAUAUAUACCCAUAUAUAUCUAGUCAGAUCUGUGCAGAGCCCCGACGAACGCUUCCAGAAAAACAAGAAAUUAGAAAACCGUAAAAAAAAACAGAAAUGAAAUCAUUAAACAAUGAGUUGCUAAGCAAAUUUGGGUAAGGUCUCGCGGGAGGAUCCUUGUUUUUAAUUGUAAAGUGAGGGCACGCCUCCCACCCACUCAACCCCUUUCCAACCGCCCCUCAAACGUAUUCGCGCUUCGUUUGUUUUAUAUACAUAGAAAGACACAAGACAUGGCUUAAGAAUGAAAGGAAAUAUAUUCAUAGAAUAUCUCAAUAAACUUAGUAAUUACAAAGAAAACGCAAUGCAUAUAUACAUAUACAUACAUAUAUUUACAUAUACUAGUCGUAAAAUGUUUUAUUAUACCUAUACAUUUACAUACUUCUACAAGAUAAAAAGAUAAAGAUAUUAUAUUAUAUGAUACAUUUAACGACCACAAAACUCCCCCUUUGAGAGAAUGUAAACGACGGAAUGGAAAGCGAAUGGAAACUUGAUACUUCUUCGGUAUGCGUAGGCGCGACUUCUUUUCGAUCGUGUGUUUUAAGCCCCGCAGUAUAUAUGUCUAUGAUCAUGAUCUAUAUGUACUCGGCGUAACCAUUACAUACACAGUAGCAAAGCCCAAAGAUAUUAUUAUUAACUGAUAACUUCAACUACUACUACUCAAAUUGAUUGAUAUGUUUAGUGGCAAAGACUAUAUUGAUUUAUGUUUAAUCUAUGUUCGAGAACGAAGCGCAUCGAAAUGCUUUUAAGACGUAUACACAACCAACUGUAAUUAUUAUCUGAUAUUUUCAAGGAUUUUAAACAACUUUUAUACGUAAACAAAAAUCACAUAAAAAUUUAAAAAAAGAACAAAAACAAAACCAAAUAAAUUUAUUUCAAAAUAAACGAAUCGAGACAGUCAGGCAGGCGAGGGGCAGCCUGCGAUUAAAAAUGCAGGGCGGUCGAACCUACAGAUAUAAUUACAAAUAUUGAUGUGCAUACAAUAAACUUAUGCCUUUCCCUAUAACCCAAAAGUCCUCUUCCUUGGCCCGGAAUCGAUAAAAUGUCAAAAAAAAUAAAUAAAAGGAAAAUGGGCCAACACAGCUGACGAGGCGAAAGCGAAAAGUUGCCCAUUAUAUACACAAAUAUAUUUCUGUAACUUCUAUAAUACACCAAGCGCCUGAUAAGCGCUAAAGAAUAAUAUCUAAAACGAAAACGGAUCAAAAACAAAGUACUUCAAUGAGAAAUAAAACGAUAUUUAAAGAAUUCAAAA